AAAAAAAUCACAUUUGAAAGCAAAAACAGCAGCAGGUUUGCGGGCAGAGACGGAGAAGGCCGAGAGGACGUGGACACGAGCUGUUUGGACGAUUAUUUAUGGGCAAACUGACCGCACUGAGGGACAAAAGCUGAUAUCUAGAGCCGGGAGAACCUCACAGCUCUUAAGGCGCACCGUCCAGCAGCGAAGACAAUGGAGUCCAGCGAAAGAGCGAUGGACGGAGGAGAAGAGCGAAAGUCAACAGGAAGCGUCCGCAGACUCUCGGCCUUACAGGAGCAGCUGGUGUGGUCACUUUUGGGCUCCGGGCUGACCAGAGAGGUGCUGGUGCAGGCCAUGGGCGAGCUGGAGCGAGAGAGAGAGCGAGCUGGGGCUGACCGGAGUGACCGUGCGGAUGGAGAGAGCUCGGAGGAGGGCGAGAUGGACUAUCCUCCACCAAUCUUCAGGGACCUGGAGAAGCUACCGCCGCAGGAAGCUGCCAGACAGAGAGCAGAAGUGGACCAGCUGCUGCAGGAGGACCCGUGGCAUGUGGCUAAGAUAGUAAAGAGCUACAUGCAGCAGCACAAUCUCCCUCAGAGAGAGGUGGUGGAGUCCACAGGCCUCAACCAGUCCCACCUGUCCCAACACCUGAACAAAGGUACGCCCAUGAAGAACCAGAAACGAGCCGCCCUCUACAGCUGGUACGUCAAGAAACAGGACGAGAUCAGCAAACAGUUUACGAACGCGAGUCGGGGUGUGUUGUCAGGCGAGGAGGUGGGGGAGGAGGGCAGGAAGGGGCGGAGGAACCGGUUUAAAUGGGGUCCGGCGUCCCAGCAGAUCCUGUUCCAGGCCUACGAGCGACAGAAGAACCCCAGCAAGGAGGAGAGAGAGGGGCUGGUGGAGGAGUGCAACCGAGCGGAGUGUCUGCAGAGGGGCGUGGCUCCGUCCCAGCUGGCCGGUUUGGGCUCUAAUCUGGUCACUGAGGUUCGAGUCUAUAACUGGUUCGCUAACCGCCGUAAAGAAGAAGCUUUCCGCCACAAACUGGCUCUGGACACGCCAUACAGCAGCCAAUCAGCAGCCAGUGCUGCACAGACGCUCCAACCCAGCCCCACACAGGGUCUGAAGUUCUCUCAGUCUGCGAUAUGUGAGAGUUUGGGGUCAGUGAGGAGCGUCAGUUCAGACCGGGCCGGUGGGGGUCACCUGGUGGCGAGUCCGGUCCAGCUGGAGCCCAGCCACACCCUGCUGGACUCACCACACCAGAAAACAUCUCUCUGUCAGGUAUCUCUAGGGGGCUCUCUCCCGCCUGUUAGCACCCUUACCUCUCUGCACGGUGUGUCCGGCUCCGGUUCUCCGCAGGGCCUCAUCAUGGCCUCGUUACCCAGCGUCAUGAGUCUGGGAGAUUCAUCGCUGCUGAUAGGUCUGACGUCCACUCAGCCGCAGACCGUCCCCGUAAUCAACAACGUAGGGGGCGGGUUCACCACGCUUCAGCCAAUCUCCUUCCAGCAGCAGCUUCACACCUCGCCGCAGCAGCCAAUCACGCAGCAGCUGCAGGGCCACAUCGGGCCGAGCCCCUUCAUGGCCACCAUGACACAGUUGCCCUGCCACAUGUACAGUAAGACAGAUCUGGCCUCGUACCCGUCCUCCAGUCUCCUGUCCCAGGCUAUGGUCAUCGCCGACAGCAACAGCAUAGGAACCCUCGCAAGCCUCACCACCGUCCGACAGAAUCUCAGCUCAGAUCCUGAAGACCACACAGACAGACACAUACAGGAGGAGUCACUACACCUGCAGCCCAGCUCACCUGUACCAGUGUCGUCAGGCAGUUUGGAGCUUUACUCCCAAACUCAGUCAGGAGAUUCUCACACCUCUCACCUGCUCGCCUCACCACCGGGAGACAUCGACCCCUACAUCCCCUCCCAGAUGGUCUCCACCGCACAAUAACAGCAGCAACAGCAGCAAACCGUGACUCAUAAAUGACGUCUUUAAUGAACACGUGAAACUUUUGAGACUUGCUGCCUGUGUUUUGUUAAGAAAGCACUGUUUGAUCUGAGACGAUGGGGAGGAAUGUCUGAUAUUCAGCAGGGAUCCCGCUGAUAACAGCUUAAUUAUCCAGUUAAUCUGAACGGAUAUCAGAAAAAAAGCUUCUUUCAUUUAAAGAGUCCAUAUCAUGGACACCCAUAUAGCCCUGAUUUUUAAAAAUAAAAAUACUAUGUAAA